AUAUAUACCGGUAACCUUGUAACAAUCCUUCAUAGUAUUCAAUAGCCUAAAUGGGGUCUACAUAUUUAUCCGUUUUAACUCUAUUCUCUUUGGCUCUUGCGGGAAUCGUUGCAUCUCAUUCUGACAUUGAAGGCAAACUACUCUUUUUGGAAAAUGACCUAUAUCCUGGCAAGAAAAUGAGCGGCCUCCAAAAGCUUUCUAAUAUUCAACCUUUUCGAACAAUCGGUUGGUUGCCGAUCGAAAAAGCUACUCAACAAUCUGGAAAUGUAGUGGAGAAAGAGAGUUAUAGUCUUGACGAGAUUUGUGGAGGUCCACCUGCCAUCGGAGAAGACAAGUUCUGCGCAACAUCCUCCGAAUCAAUGAAGGAAUUUGCCAUUUCAAAACUCGGGGCGAAAAUUAAGUCAUAUUCAGGUUAUUUCGCUAAAAAUCAAGACCAAUAUGUAGUAGAAGAAGUAAGGAAAAUUGCAGACAAAGGAGUAAUGUGUCAUCGAAUGAAUUUCGAGAAAGUUGUAUUUUAUUGUCACCAAGUGAAUGCAUCAACAACUUACAUGGUCCCUUUGUUGGCCUCUGAUGGAAGUAAAGUUAAUGCAUUGGCUGCUUGUCACCAUGACACAAGAGGUAUGAAUCCGAAUUUGCUCGAUGAAGUUCUCAAAGUCAAGCCAGGAACUAUCCCUGUCUGCCAUUUUGUUGGUAACAAGGCUGUUGCUUGGUUACCUAUUCCUGUUGCAAGUGAAUCUGAUGAUCGUCCUUGUGCCAUCUAGAUGAUAUUUGGAUAUAUGCACAUUGUUAUUUCUCUCUACUAAUUUUUCAAGUUAAAACCAAGCACAUAAAAGUUGAAAAAUUGCACCUUCAUGAGGACUUGAUUUAAAGUGAUUCAUGUAAAUAUCAUGUCUUAUUUAUAGUGUCAUUCAUGUAUUUUAAAUAAAACUAGUUCUAAAUUAGUUAGAACUAUGUGCGUGUCUUUGUUUAUCUGGUUAUUUUUCUAUAUCGAGUAAAAUUAUGUAUGUUUGAAUUUGAUAAUGUUUGAAAAUAAAUGUCUUGUAUUUGACAUAA